GGGAAGAAUGUAUAUAGAAGAAUUUUCUAAUUAACUAAAUUUGGAUCAAGAAACUUUGGAUAAGGUUAAAUAAGCUAUGCAACAAUUUUCAGAAUAAGAUGAAAAAGUAUGUUUGAUUAGAGUAUAUAUAUAGAUUUAUGUUCCAGCUGUAGUUUAUUUAUGCAGUCAAAGUUGUCAAAUUCAAUAAAUUGAUGGAUAAACAAAACAAGGCAAUGGAAUUACACUUACUUAAGUAUGUUAUUCAUAGGAUUGUAGAUCAUCCGCAACUUGGAUCCCUAAACUGAUAUUGAGUAGUUCUUAAUGGUUUUGCAAGAUCUCCCUGCGCUUUUGAAGUAUCAUUCAACCGAAUUUGAUAACGUAGUCAGAUAGGCUAAUUUCAGUUUUAGGUUGUACAAAAAGUUUGACAAAUGCUUUAGUCUCAUCUAGUAUUGAUAAUUUUUAUAUUAUUAUAGGCCCGUACAGAAUCCAAGUUAAACUCCAUAAUUCAAAAAGGAGGAUGAUUGUGAUCCCUAUAUAUCUGACUUAAAAAAAGUUGCUUGGAUUCUCUGCAUAAUAGUUCGAUAGAAUAUUUUACAAUAUGAGGAGCAGUUAGAUAAAAAUUAGCUUAUUAUUUGUGAUCCAAAUACUAAAGUCAUUUUAAUUUUAGUGGGAUCUUUAUCGAUUGUAUUUUAAAAUAUUCCAAAUACAUUUACAUAAAAUGUUUCAGAUAUUUCACAAAAAAUGCUGUCCUUUUUUUGCAAUGAUUAAAAAGAAAUCGAUGAGGAAUUAAAAUAUUAUUAGGAUUUGUGCUUUAAAUGCAUCAAUCAAGUUGUAAAUAUGAUGCAACAUAAAACAAAAGUAUUAGAUAUGCAAUAAGAAACUCAAGAAACUCUGCUCUCAGUAUUAUUUGAAGAAAAUGCAAUUGAUUAAACCUAUAGAAGAUUACACAAAUAUUAUGAAAAGACUAGAAAACAUUCAGAUUUAGAUGAAGAAUGUUUUUUGAGAUAGAGGAUUGUUUUUACACCUAAGAAGGACAUCAAUAAGCAAGCUGACUAUUCAGACUUUGAAACAUGGUAAAAGAAGACCAAAAUAAAAAGUGAUCCUCCUUUUAUGUAAACCCCAUUGAAAGAUAACAAAUUCUCUAACACGCAAGAAAAAACCUAUUUUGAUAUCAAGAAAAAUGCUAAUCCUCAAACUCCAAUUAGUAAAUGCAUGGAAUUACAUUAAUGGAUUAAGAAAAUCACUAUGCAAACUUAUAAAUGCUUUGAAGAUGAUGAUGAUGAAUAAGGAUUUUAUAAUUAGGCAACAAUUAAUAUUAAUAAAUACUUUGAGGUCACAGAAGCAUAAAAAUCUUAAAAAUAACAUGAAUAAGUGUAAACAAUAUUGACUUUGUGUCUUGCUGUCAUAGAUUCAUUGAUGAAAUAGAAUGAAGGUUAAUUUGAUUUGAAAUUACUUAAAAAUUAUAGAUUCCAAUUUGCUAUUUUAGGUCUAUCUCUGUAUACCUAUUAAAUCGUAGCCUAAAAACCGAACUUAUUGCAAAACAUGAAACAAUUAUGCACAGUCUUUGAGAUAAGUCCCUUAGAUUUAUUUAGAGUCAUAGCUAAUUUUGCUCAUUUUCAUAGAUAAAUGCCCUCUACUAUAACUUCAUAACUCUUUGAGUUAGAGAAGCACAUCCUCUUCAAUUUGAUGUGGCAAACAGAUGCUGAAAAACUGGUUGAAAUCUUCAAAGAGAGUAUUGAAUAUAUAUUAUAUAGAUUCCCCAAAAUAUUUUGAUUCGGAAUUAGUGAGAAGAUUCUAAAACCACUUAGCCUUGAGAGUGAAGGAACUUUGUAAUAUCCUGGAAUUAGACAUUCAUGACUUCGCUUAUUCUGCAAUAUGUGAAUUUAUGAAGAAUCCUAAAUUAUCAGUAUUGAAGGAUGUGAUAUUUGACACUGUGAUCAUUUGCACAUUCUAUGUCAUACAAAAACAUCAAAAACAGAGUCCCUCCUUUAACUCUUACAAUAAGGUAAAAAUAUAGAAAAUUAUCAUAGCUUUACACUAAAUAUUACUCCUAAUAAAAGCAAGUAUUCACCAGAAUUGUAGAGUACUAUAAUGAAAAAUUCUUGAAUGAAUUCAGAGAUAUCGUAAAAUCAAUAUCAAAUGCUCAACCUUUACAAAUACCCAAAAAUUUUGAAUGCCAAAGUCCUCUGAUAAUAAAAUAAAUCCCCGUGUCUCCAAAUUACAAAUAAUAAUACAUUGCUACUCCAGAACCACCCUCCCCUCAAAAAAACUUCAUGCGUUCAUUGAUGCAAAAGAUAAAACCAUAAUAAUAAUAAUAAUAAUAAUAAUAAUAAUAACAAUAGCCAUAACCAUAACCAUAACCAUAAAAAAAACAACCAUAAAAAAAAUAAUAAGACAUUCACCCUUUCCAAGAUUGA